AUGUCCGUCGGGGACAAUCGCUCGGAGGUGACAGAAUUCAUCCUGGUGGGCUUCCCGGGCUCACUGGGCCUCCACGUGUGCCUGCUGGUGCUGUUCACGCUGGCCUACACGCUGACCGUCACAGAGAACGUGCUCAUCAUCGCCGUGAUCCGCGUCAGCUCCCCGCUGCAUAAGCCCAUGUAUGUCUUCCUCAGCAACCUGUCCUUCCUGGAGGUGUGGUACGUGUCUGUCACCGUGCCCAAGAUGCUGCUCAGCCUGGCGGAGCCCCAGUUCCGACACAUCUCCUUCACAGGCUGCAUGGCGCAGCUCUAUUUCUUCCUGGCGCUGGCCUGCACCGAGUGCACGCUCCUGGGCGUCAUGGCCUACGACCGCUAUGUGGCCAUCUGCAGCCCCCUGCGCUACCCAGCCAUCAUGAGCCCCGGCCUCUGCAGCUUCCUGGCCGCCAGCUCCUGGCUCUCGGGCUUCACCGUCUCCCUGGGAAAGGUCUUCUUCAUCUCACGCCUGGGCUACUGCGGCCCCAACGUCAUGAACCACUUCUUCUGCGACGUGUCCCCCCUGCUGAACCUGGCAUGCUCCGACAUGUCUGUGGCGGAGCUGGUCGACUUCCUCCUGGCACUGCUCAUCCUGCUGGGGCCGCUGCUGCUCACCAUCUUCUCAUACGCCGCCAUCCUCAGCACCGUGCUCCGCAUCCCGUCUGCCGCCGGCCGCCACAAAGCCUUUUCCACCUGUGCCUCGCACCUGGCAGUGGUGGUCAUCUUCUACUCCGCCUCCCUCUUCAUCUACGCCCGGCCACGCGCCAUCUACUCCUUUGACCUCAACAAGGUGGUGUCUGUGGUCUACACAGUGCUCACGCCCCUGCUCAACCCCAUCAUCUACUGCCUGCGGAACCAGGAGGUCAAGGAUGCCCUCCGCAAAGCUGUGCAGAGGGCGGCCCAGGCCCUGGGGUUCUUGUCCUAG